AUGGACUUCAUUGGGUAUGCUUUUUUCUUUAAAAUACUACUUAUCAUUGGUAUCAUCUCCAUUUUCUCUUUCAGGGAAACAGAUUGGAACGCGUACAUGGGAGCUGUAGGAGGAUUUCUAGAUGGUGAACUUGACUAUGGAAAGCUUAAAAGUAGUAACGUAUCCCUGAAUUGUCCUGGUGGGUAUGUUUGGGUGUAUGGUGCUCUCUAUUAUAUCACAAAAGCAAGCACAUCUGUUAGCUUAGCGCGAAUGAUUUUUUCAAGUGUUUACUUGAUGACAUUCGGAAUGGUAUUGUCUUUGUAUCAUCAAGCAGAUUUUCCGUGGUGGGUAACUAUACCGCUUUUUGUCUCGCCACGCAUCCUAAGCACCUACUUCUUAAACCUUUUGAAUGAUUGCUGGGCUAUGUUUUUCUUGUAUGGUGCUAUCACGUUACUUUCUGGUCGACGAUACUGGAAAUUCGGCUGCCUCUUAUAUAGCAUGUCAGUUUCUGUUCAAGUGCGACUGUUAUUACUUGGUCCCGGUCUGCUCUAUGUCUUGCUGCGUUCACUUUCGCUUUUUAAAGUGUUGAAUUGUUUAGCGGUGUGUGUUGUGUGGCAGCUCGUGGUAGGCUAUCCUUUUAUUCUUGAUAACUGGAGGUCAUAUUUAGGCAAGCUCUUUGAGCUCAGAUCUGUCUUCAUUCCUGAACGUCCAGAAAAAUAUGAGUUAUUCGAAAAAUUCAUAGGUGCAUCGCCCUAUCAAAUGAAUGUGUUUCUAGCCAUUAUAGUAUUAAGUUGGGUAUUAUUAUGGCGGUUGCGGUGGAGUAAACGCUGGUGUAUAUCCCUGAAUAAUGAAAAAAAGGAGGUAGAAAAGGAUGGUGAAUCUCAUGAGGAAGACUCCUAUAACAGUCACAUGAUAGUGCUAACACUAUUUGAGUCCAAUCUCGCUGGCGUGCUGUGGGCAAGCAUGUUUCAAUGUGACUUAUAUACCUCUUUUUUUCAUAUGCUUCCUUACACUUUGUACAGCACGAAAUCUCCUAAUUGGCUUCGGUAUGCUGUGUUAGGCUUGAUCGUACCGGCCUUUGAAUAUUUCCCAUCCUCACACAACCAUUCAAUACUUUUGAGGACAGUUAAUAUAUUGUUAAUAUUGGGAAUUUUGCUCUUUGGAAGCGAUCAUCACGUCGGAGGUACACAAGCAAAAGGGGCUGCUAAUGUGCGAAAGGACAAAUAUGACCCCAAUAAGCUUCCUCGACUUAAGCUAUCAGAACCGAGCGAUCACUCAAGAUGA